UGCUGGGCACCUACUCCUGGGCAGGACAGCAGACUUAAGGACCCAGCCCAGAGACCCUACAGGCCAUGCAGAGGGCUCAGAUCCAGUCCCUGUCCUUAGAGACUGUCCCACUCACUGAGGGGAGAAGGGGAGGCACACAGACUGUUACAGACUGAACUGUGUUCCUCAAAAUUCUUAUGUUGAAGCCCUACCUAACCCCCAGUGCCGCAGAUGUGGCUGUAUUGGGAGUUAGGGUCUUUAAAGAAGCAAUUAAGAUAAGAGGUGAUUAGGCAAAUACUUCAGGGUAAGCUGUAAUCCAAUCGGACUGGUGUCCUUACAGGAAGAGAUAAGGAUACAGAGACACCAGGGAUGCGGCAGAGGGAAGACCAAAGGAAGAGGGAGCGAGAGGGCGGCUGUCUGCCAGCCGAGGAGAGAGGCCUCCGAAGAAGUCAGCCCUGCUGACGUGGUCUUGGUUUUCCAGCCUCCAGAACCGUGAAAACAUAAACGUCUGUUGUUUAAGUAGCCUGGUCGGUGCCAUUUGGCUCAGGCGGCUGGGCUGCGGGGGACUAACCCCCCACCGUCACGGCGCGGUGUCGGUGUCCGGGUGCUGAGAAGUAGUGGGGGAGGAGCGCGCAGGGCAGGGGCCAGUGACGAGUGCGAGGGGCACAGCAGGAACAGCGUGUGCAGAGGCUUGGAGGCAGGAAGGGCCUGGCUCACACUGGCCCCUCGAGCCAGCUUUCUGGGCCGCCUUCUCCCCACCCUGCUGAGAAGCCAGAGACCACUGUAGCCGCGUCCUGGCCCUCCCCUUUUGACCACCCCUGCCACUGGUCCCAGCCUGGACAACCCCUGACUCCUAGGGGCAGGAGCCCAGGGUUUCCCCUUUAUGCUUCAUUUGCUGAGGGAGUCCUGCCAGGCAGCCCUGCCCACCUUCCCUGGCCUCGGUCGGUCUCCCCCUGUAAGAUGAGUGACGAUUUCUAAGCUCCCUGACCCGACACACUCUGGUCCCCUCCUCCCCGAAACCCCACUCCCUAGGGGUGACGCAGGCUGGAGUUAUCCACAGGAAAGAAUGUGUUGCCCUUGACAACCAUUCUUCUCCCUGACUUCUCCCCAUAAGGGACAGAGAGGAAUGUCCCAUUAAUCAUCCUGGCCUCUCCCUCCCUAUCUCCAGCUCCCCUCUCUCUGCUCCCCAGUGGCAAUGGCCCGCUGGGUUUUGUGGAGGAUGGUGCAAAGCAUCCUCCAUGAGGGUUUCAUGAAAGCUCCUGGCUCAGAUUUGCCCUCCGAUCCCUGUCCUUUUGGAGCCCUGACUCCAGGGGGCCAGGGCAGUGGGCCAGCCUCCAGGGCAGGGAUAGGAUGGGGCUGAGACAUGAGGUCCUCUACCAGGCAGAGCUGGGACACAGACAAAACCCAGCACAGAAAGUACAGUAUAAGGAAAAGGACCUGUGAUGGGGCACCAAGGCAGCGGUGGGAUCCUAGAGGAGGCAUCUGGCCUGGCCUAGGGGAAGUGGGGGCACCAGGGGGGACCUCCUGGAGGAGGUGGGGUCUGUGCUGAAGACUUCAUCGAGGAUGGAAGGGAGGAAGGUAGGGAAUCAGGCAUUAGAGUGGGUUUGUUGUUGAGGGGCCCAGCUGGCUGGGAUGAGGUGGGUGUGAGGCUAGAGGGUCGAGAGGGAGUCAAAGCCAAAAUCUGGACAGUGAUAUGCAUGGCCCCACACCAUAUGUGCUGCCCCUUGGCCUCGAGGACCUAACCUACCCCUUUCCUCUCUCCUUAGUUAAUCCCCCAGCUACAUUGGCCCCAGCAAACCCACCACUGCCACGAUGCUCCCUCCUCAGGGUCUACGUGGGUUGUUCCAAGGAGAGGCCCUGGUAUUUCCACCCACCCCUGUAUGGACACUGCCCUGCCAUCAGGGGCAUCCCCUCCCCUGCCCUGGAGCCUGGGCUGUCCCGGGCUUUGCUCUGGCCGCAGGGUGCAGCUGCAGUGAUGCUCUCUGACUGUCAGGCCCAGCCCUUGAGAGUCCUGCCAACUUCCAUUUUUGUCAUCUUGGGAUUCUCACUGCCAGGUAGAGAAGCUUAAGCUGGACCACUGAACAAUGAGCAGCCUCAUGGAGAGAGAAAGAGGGUAGAGGGAGAGGAUGAGAGGAGGCAGAGGUUCAAACAGCUCUCAGCAGCUCCAGCCACCCCAGACACGUGAGUGACGCCAAGCUCCAGCUGGAGGCAGCCCUAUGACUCCAGGUGACACAGAAGAACUGACAGCAGAGCCCAGCCCAGCUACAGGAUUACAAGAGAUGAUAAAGUGACUAUUGUUUUCAGCCUCAAAGCUUUGAGGGGGGUGUUCUUACAGAGCAAUAGACAACUGUCCUGGGCCUCUGCACCUGCUGACCCCUCUGCCAAUAGCGCACCUUCUCCAGAGUCCCAAGGUUCUCCCUCUCCUGGGUCAUCAGGCUCCGUUCAUAUGUCACCUUGUCAGGGUUCCGCCAUCUCUCUGCCUAAAAUAGCCCCCAUCUCCCACAACUCUCACCUCUCAGCUUUGGUUCCUCAAAGCCUGUCUCACCACCAGAAGUUUCAUGAUACCUGAAUAUGUUUAUUUGCUCUCUGUCUCUCCCAACUAGGAUGUCAGCUGGGUUUUUGUUCCCUGGGGUACCCCAGAGCCUGGCACAGAGCAGGGGCUCUGUGACGGCCUGUCGGAGGAAUGAAUAGGUAAAGUGGCCCCCAUUUCCCCAGCCCCUGCUUCUCCUGAUCUUCUGCCCGCAGCCUGUGCCCACAGUGGUCCCGGCACACAGCAGAGCCUCGAUAAACAGUGUGUUAGUUGCACCGAAUGUAACCACUCAAAAGGCUUCAGUGUUCUGACCCCCAGCUGCCUGGUGUCCAGAGCAGGAAGGAACUGGCCCCAGACUUGGGAUCAGGGCUGAGCCAGGGUGGCUGCCUGUUGGCCCGAAAUUGUGAGAUAUUACUCAAAGGAGGCAUUCUCCUACUGACAGAGCUUUGUGGUUAUGAUCCUGGGUGGAGGAUGCUUUAACUAGACUGGGGAGGUGGUGAGCUGCCUGUCAUGAGGGAUGCCCGACAGACUUGGAAGGGGCUGGACCACUGCGCAGUAGAAGGAUUCAGGGCCAGGGUGCAGUAAGCGAACUGUGGGGUCUUUUACCCUUGAUGUUAGCACAGAUGGGUGUCUGUUAGGGUCUGUCGAGUGGCCCUGAGGCCAAGCAGGUGGGGGGGGAGGGACUGGGUCACCUGCAUUUUCCCUGUCUGCCCAAAGUCCCAGGCUGCAGAUCUGGGGCCUCUCUCUGCUGGGGACGGUGGGGAAGAGCCUGGCUACCUUUGGAGGGUCCCAGAGCUCUCUGUGUGCUCCUCCUCAGGACCGGGUGUGAUGGUUGCUGUGGAGCUGGGACCUUGUUUGGUGACAUCAGCUGGGUGGGCCUUUGGGAGCAUUUAGCCAGCUGCUCUGUGUGAGGGGGCGGGUGGGAGCCCCACCCUGUCUCAUGAGUCACCCCAAAGGCACACAGCAAGGUAGGUCCUGGGAAUAGUAUUCCCCAGGGCUUCGCAUGUCCCAUCCACCCCUAGCCCUCCUGGCCCCUCUUGGCAUCCUAGUCCCACGCCCUUCACACUGAGACGCGCUGGGGCUGGGGAUGUCUGGAUCAGGAAGAGGGGACACAGCAGAGAAGCUGGCCUCUGCCCAGAAGCCACGACAUUCUAGCGGUCAGCUUGAUGCUGUGGAACAAGAUGGCACCCACGGGCCACCUGGCCAGAUACACAGAGCAGGGAGGUGUCCAAAUUUACAGUCAGAAUAAUUAUUGAGCACAAGGAGACAGUGGGAAAGCUAAAUAGACCUGAUCCCUGCCCUCAGGCAGUUACAGUUUGAUGGGGAAAAGUGGCAUUCACCAGGUGAUGGUCUAGCCAGUCGGCGACUCGUGAAUAUGAGGGAUCAACUACACUGCGGCAGCAUAAAACCUAGUGGAAAGUUACAGUGACUAAAAUGGUCUGACGCUGAUGCUUGAAUAGACAGACUGAUCCAAGGAAUAAAUCAGAAAGUUCAGAACUUGACAGACUUGACCUGAACAAACCCACGUGCACACACACGGAUCAGGCUUGAGUGUCUCCAUGACCCUUGAGGGUAAGAUGCAUCAGAGUUCUUGUCUAAAUCAGAGCAACCCUGCUUCCUGGGGUCCACUCCCUUAGGCCGUGGGGCCAUUUUGGUCUCUUUGUGUGGCUUCUCUCCCCUCCGGAGCUUGUGCCACAGCCCCAGCGCUGACCCAAGGCUUGGAAAAUGGCAGAGGGUGGGGAGAUGGGGUCUCUGGCUUUGGGUCUGCCCCAGUCCCCCUUGUCGCUGUCGUCAUUUCUGCCACACAAGGGCACUGCUGGGAGCUGCUUACUCUGGUGACUGACUAGUUGUCCCCAAGUAGGAGCAGGCCCCUGUCCAGAUCUGUGGGAGGAAGUGUCCCCCAGCCUGGCCGGGUCUUGGCUUGUCUCCUGCCUACCUCCCCUGUUGUCACUGGCAGCACCCCCGGGGUGAAUGGGGACUCCUCAAGCCUCAAGGGUCUGGGAAGGAGCCCUCAUAUCUGGGCCUGGGUGGGACAAACAGAGCCAGCUGGUGCCCUGAGUGGGCUGUGGAUAUGGACACCCCUGGGACACGUGAGAACUUGUCCCAGAUCAAGUGGAGAGGAGACACUGAGGAUUGCGUGCAUCAGUGGCGUGUGAUUAAAAAAAGCAUCUCAAAUCAAUAGGGAAAGGACUGAUUUUUCUGUAUUUUAGGCUUUUUUCAGUAUUUUGGAGGUUUUUGGAGACUUCAUCACAUAGGCAUGAUUGAUUAAACCAUUGGCCAUUGAUCAUUAAUUCAACCUCUGGCCCCUAUCUCCUGCCCCCGGGGGUGGAGGGGCUGUGGCUGAAAGUGCUAACCCUCUAAUCACGUGGCUGGUUCCCCUGGCAACCAGCCCCCAUCAUGUGGUUAUCUAGAGACGUUCCAAAAAUCACCACAGUGACAUAAAUUCAGGUGUGGUUGAAACGGGCUUGUUAUAAAAAAACGAAAACACUCAUUUCACCUGUAUCACUCUGGAGCAAUUUCAGGAAACAAAAGAUGCUCCUUUAGGAGCUGUGUGCUGGGUACCACAAAGACCAUAUACAUAUCCCAGCACCAUAGGUAACUGAUACACUGAGGAGAGCAGACGCCUUGGUGGGGAGGCCAGGAGAGGGACAGAGAUGGGCAUGAAAAAUAAAAGGCUCCCGGGACCCACACCCGGACUCACUUUGACCUCAUCUGCCUUCCCUGAGCUCUUCUGCUCUGGUUUUGGCCCCAGGUUCACCUGGGACUGAGUCAGUCAUUGGUGAAAUGCAGUGGUGUUCAAUCUGGAAAAGUCUGGAACUAUCUGCUAGCACAUCCUAGUAAAGCACUGGUCUCAAAAAACCUACUAGGUAAUUACACAGUGUUGAAAGGAAUGUUUUCCUUUUUUGACAUUUACUGCAAUAAACAAUUGUCACAGUUUAAGUAUAUUUGGAAAGUGCAGGUGGGCUGGCAAUCAAAUAGAUUAUGUCUUUGAUUAUAUAGAGAUGUAAGUCAAAUGCAUUACAAUAACUAAAGGAUAAUUUUAAGUAAUUGUUUUUUAAAUAUUUUUAAGUGUUCCCUGAAGGAGUCUGAAUUUUAGGAGGGUGGCUCUGGUCAGGUGUGGAGCUGGGCUGAGGUGGGCUGGUGCUUGGGGCAGGGAGCCCCCGUGAGAGGCUGCCGCUCCAGCCCAGGUGAGGGCUGGUCAGUGCCUGCUCUGCCCACCUGCCCUGAGCCCCAUCCGGGAACCCUCUCUUUCAAGGAGGGGUUGCCCUGCCCUGGCAGCAGCCAGAGAUGGAGGAAGGAGAGAGGACAGGUCACUUGGAUGAGGGUAGGAGAGAGGGCGAUGUCGGGGAGCCCCUUCCCGGGGCCAGGCUGCAGGGGGACGGCAGGGAGUGCCCCUGGGUUUGCUGUUGCGGGUGCUCCUCCAAUCCCAGGUCUGCCCUGGCUGGCUGGUGACCUUGGACAACCCCCCUUCCAAGCCCCCUUCUCUCUAUGCCUCAUCUGGGAAAUGAGGGUAAGUAACUCUCCCUGCCUUCUGUGGAGGGGGUGGUUGUAGGGAGUCCUGGUUUGCAGGGUGGGGGACUGUUUGGACAAGGAGAUUCCACGAGGUGUGGCAGGACUGUCACUGGGGUUGCCUGGACCCCGGGGCUGCCUCCUCCUUCCGCAGCCCCUCCCUGGCCAGGCCCUCCUCCAGUGGGGGUGGGGUGUCACUGCUUGUCUGGCAGCAGCAGCUAAUUGUUCUCUUUAGACCCCUCCCUGGUGAUGCCCAAUGCUUGGGGCCAGCAGAUUCAGCCCCUAAACCUGUCCAACCAGUUGUUUGGAAGAAGGGGGCACCUGGGAGGGGUGGAGUUGCCAGAAGCAGCCUCCCCCAGCCCAGUACAGACAACCGAGCCUCUGGGGCUCUGGACGCUGCAGACAGACCUCAGACAGACAAACGGUCGGACCCCUGGCUUGGCCAUGGGGCUCAGUGGGGGACAGUCUCCGCUGCUGAUGUGGCUGCUGCUGUCCUGCCUCCAGCUGGGGACCAGCCUGGAGCGCAUCGGCUAUGUGCCCCAGCUCUCCAGCGCCACGCUGGCAGGGAGACUCACCCAGUCCACCCUUACGCUGGAGCAGCCUCGGGGCCAGUUCAGUCACCUCAACAUCUCCGAUUUUGAUGCCAUCUGGCUGGUGGUGGCCCACAGCAACGCCUCCCAGAACUUCACUGCCCCACAGAGGGUAGAGGACACCCCAGUCCCUGCCAGCUUCUCCCAGAGGGGCUACUACCUCACGCUGAUGGCCAAUCGGGCACUCUACCCGGGCGACUGGCCCGGCAAGCAGCUCCGGGUCCUCCGUGUCGGCAAUGAUACCCGCUGCUCCCCCAGGACAAGGGGCUGCAACCACCCCCUGCCAGGCCCCGGCCCCUACCGAAUGAAGUUCCUGGUGAUGAGUGACAAGGGACCCGUGGCUGAGACAGAGUGGUCCAGUGAGACCCGACUGCAGCAAGCUGAGGCACUCCAGGCUGUCCCGGGGCCCCAGAGUGCAGGCACCGUGGUCAUCAUUGCCAUCCUAUCGGUCCUGCUGGCAGUCUUCCUCACCGCCCUCCUCACCCUGCUCAUCUACACCUGCUACGACACCUGCGGGAGCACGCCCAUCUCGGGCCCAGGGGAGGUGGUGUGCGGGAGAAGAUAUGACACCCACCACGUGUGCAGCCCUCCAGCCGCGGGGGGCUCCUGAGGGGCUCCAGGGGGCCCCCAUUUUGCUGCUCAGCCUCACCCUGCAGAGCCUGGUCUGGGGGCCUGCCCUGCUGCUUCAGAGCCCUGGGAAUGUUUCCAAAAGAAGGUUGAGGGGAGGGUGUCCUCAGCCCACAGCUUGGGCCUGUCCCUGAUGGAAAUAAACGUCUGCAGCACCCCCCGUAUGGCUGGGUCAGUGCACA